AGGCAAAAGCUAGAAGAUAACCUAUGACAUCAAAGCCACAAGGCACUAUAAACCCAAGACGGAUAUAAAGAGAAAAAACCCUACAAAGAAGAAAAAGCACUGCUCUCACACACACAAAAUCAAACUCAAAAGAGCAGCAAAAAUAGAUUCAGAUCGAAAGAGAAAGAAAGAUUCGAUCUCACAAGAAGAUCGAAACCGAGCACAACCAUCCAAGCCAAAGCACAAAGAAACCCACAGAGAGAGCGAAAAGCACAAAAAGAGACCUAAAAUGGCAUCAUCUGCAUCAGGGACUCAAGUUCGAGCAUCACACAUCCUAAUAAAACACGAGGGUUCAAGAAGGAAGGCAUCAUGGAAAGACCCAGAAGGUCGUGUGAUCAAAAACACGACAAGGGAUAGUGCUAUUUCUGAACUCAAAGCAAUUAGAGAGGAUAUUGUUUCUGGCAAAGCUAAGUUUGAGGAUGUCGCUUCUAGAAUCUCUGAUUGUAGCUCUGCUAAACGUGGCGGCGAUCUCGGGCCCUUUGGUCGAGGCCAGAUGCAGAAGCCUUUUGAAGAGACUACCUUCUCUCUUAAGGUUGGUGAGAUAAGUGACAUAGUGGAUACUGACAGUGGAGUUCACAUCAUCUUGAGGACUGGCUAAUCAUGCAGGGAGAUCAUGGCGUGUAUUGAACAAAUAUUCGAUGUACUUUGCGAACAUAUUCAAGCAUUUACAGGAUUGGUUUUGCUUUCAUUUAAUUCCACAAUGAUCACAUAGUGGUCCUACCUGUUUGGUCAUUCUUAUUGUUUUGAAUUGGUUCUUGACUCGUUAAGGCAUCAUCCCCUGACUCAGUUCAGGCUCGUGUGCUUGGGAUUGUAUUCCUUCUGAAUGACUUCUGGGUGUGCUUUGGGUGAAAUUUAACAGACUCUCUAAUAAUAGCUUCAUUGGAAUGAA